AAAAGUCGUAUGCAAGAUUAAUGGUUAAGUUUUAUACCCAAUGCAUAUCCCAUCAGGAUCGUGGUUUAGUAUUUAGAUGUUUAUAAAUGGGCAAGCUAAUUAGCUUGCUAAGCAUCAUUUAAACCUGAUUUGAAAACGAAAAGGUAUGAUUUAUAUGCCCAGAGCCAGAGGCAUGUCACCUUAUAAAACAUGCAACAAGUUUCUGUUGCUCUUCCACUUCACCUUCAUUCUCCUUGUCAUUGCUACUCCUGCCCUUGCUAAUGGUGUUGGAGGUUGGUUGAACCACGGGGGACGCAUACAAAACCGGAGAUUUGCAGAUACAGAGACCAAAAUCAGUCCCUCCACCGUCCCAAAUCUAAGUCUCAAAUGGGAAUUCUAUGCAGGGAAGGACAUAAGCGCAACGCCCGCGAUAUACAACGGCACCAUCUACUUUCCCAGCUGGAAUGGUUACAUCUAUGCUGUUAAUGCAUCUGAUGGCUCUCUCAUCUGGAAACAGUAUCUGCAGAGCCUCACCGGCAUUCCUCCUACCGGUACUUUCACAAAUGUCACUGAUACCGUGUCGAGGUCUACUCCAACAGUAGCUGAAGAUAAGCUCAUAGUUACAAUCAAUGGACCUGCAUUUGUUAUUGCAGUCAAAUGUGCAACUGGCCAGCUCCUCUGGUCUACUAAGCUCGAUAACAAAUCCCUCAGUAUUGUUACCAUGUCGGGAACCUUUUUUCAAGGGAGCUAUUACGUCGGGACAUCUUCAGCUGAGGAAACAUUACCUGUAGAGCAAUGCUGUCUCUUCCGUGGGAGUUUUGCAAAGUUAAACGUCCAAACAGGCGCAAUUCUAUGGCGGACAUUCAUGUUACCGGACAACAAUGGUAUUUUAGGAGAGUAUGCAGGAGCGGCUAUAUGGGGAAGCAGCCCUUCUAUUGAUGUUGAGAGAAACCAGGUGUACAUUGCCACUGGAAAUCUUUACUCUGUUCCUCAACAUGUCGAAGAUUGUCAAGAAAAUCUUAAUAAUCAAACUACGCCGCCAACUCAACCUGACCCUUGUGUUGAACCAGAAAAUCACUCUAAUUCUAUACUGGCAUUGGACAUGACAACUGGAGAGAUCAAGUGGUACAGGCAGCUUGGGGGUUAUGAUGUCUGGUUCUGGGCCUGCGCUGACCAUACGAACCCAGAUUGUCCACCCGGUCCGAGUCCUGAUGCAGAUUUUGGGGAGGCACCUAUGAUCCUGAGUACCAAGAUCAAUGGUACUAAAAGAGACAUAGUUUUUGCUGUUCAAAAAAGUGGAUUUGCAUGGGCUCUUGAUGCUGAUAAUGGCUCCAUUGUUUGGUCAAGGGAGGCUGGUCAUGGAGGGCUGGGUGGAGGAGGUAUAUGGGGAUCAGCAACAGAUAUAGAGAGGAUCUAUACGAAUAUUGCCAACUCGGGCGCCGCAAAUUUCACUCUUGCACCAUCCAAUACGACGACGACUGCAGGUGGAUGGGUUGCGAUGGCACCCGACACCGGCAAAGUUUUAUGGACCACAGCUGAUCCGAGCAACAGCAGCGCCCCAGGUCCCGUUACUGUGGCCAACGGAGUAGUCUUUGCAGGUUCAACAUACCGAAGGGGGCCGAUUUACGCGAUGAAUGCGAAGUCCGGGAAGGUGAUAUGGUCAUAUGACACAGGAGCUACUGUAUAUGGUGGCAUAUCAGUGGCCAAUGGUUGCAUUUAUGUUGGUACAGGGUAUAGAGUUUGUUUUGGAACUGUGUUUCCGAGCUUCAGUGCUGGAACUUCUUUAUUUGCUUUCUGCUUGUAAAGUUGUGGUUUAACUUCCCCACAUGUAUCUCUGUCACUGGUUCUCUAUUAAUAAUCAAGCCCCAGCCCUGGCUU